CAAAGGUUCUUUGUCGCGGGCCAGCCUCUUUUUUCCAUCUCCCAUCGCCCAUCCUUUGACCUUUCGACAACCUCGAGCCUCUGCCGCCAGCGUCCUGCAUGCGUUUGCGACCAGCUGCCGGCCAGCCCGAGCCUUCAAAAACCGUCUCGUUUCCUCAUCCGGCUUCCCUCAGCACAUCGCAUCAACAACGCCGCAGCGCAACCAUCGUGAUCUUGCACCGCCUCCAAGCGCAGCUCCAGAAGCUCCUCCAUGCAGCUUGUCCAACAGCCGCCCUAAUACGACCGAGUCAGGAUGAAAGCCUCGCCGCUCAUCAUCAAUUGGCAUGAUCAGAAUGCCCCGAUUUACUCGGCCCACUUCGAGCCAAACGGCAAGGGCCGUCUAGCCACGGCUGGUGGUGACAACCACGUGAGGGUCUGGAAGGUCGAAGCCGACGGCCCCGAACGCAAGGUCGAGUAUCUCUCGACGCUCUCCAAGCACAACCAGGCUGUCAACGUGGUGCGAUGGGCUCCCAAGGGAGAGACGAUUGCCUCUGCCGGCGACGACGGCAAUGUCAUCCUAUGGGUUCCCAGCGAGAUCCCAACCACCAACUUUGGAUCGGAAGGCCUAGAUGAUAAGGAGUCUUGGAGAGCCAAGCACAUGUGUCGCUCUAGCGGAGCCGAGAUAUACGACUUGGCAUGGUCGCCAGAUGCCGUUUACUUCAUCAUCGGGAGCAUGGAUAACAUAGCUCGAAUCUACAACGCCAGCUCAGGAACCCUCGUCAGGCAAAUCGCCGAACAUAGCCACUACGUGCAGGGAGUGACUUGGGACCCGUUGAACGAGUACAUCGCAACCCAGUCGUCCGAUCGAUCCGUCCACAUCUACUCUCUCAAGACAAAGGACGGCCAAUAUACCUUGAGCCAGGACGACAAGCUGCCACGGCUAGCGAGCCAUAUCAAGGCAGAUCUCCCUCCUCGACGAAUCUCCUCGAGCAGCCCUGCGCCGCCCGAGUUCGGUCACCGAGCCCAGCUGUCCACCGUGGACUCAGCUACGUCUGUGGGAUCACCGGCCCCCUCAGCCCCGAGCACUCCUACUUCCGCCCCUCUUCCCAUGAACCCGCCGAGCGUGAUCAGUCACAGUCGUCGGUCUUCAAUUUCGUCUCGCCGCUCGGUCUCCCCGGCGCCUUCUCUGCCUCUCCCCGCUGUCAUGCCUAUGGAGACGUCGCCGAAGCCUCACCAUUCGCUCAGCACCAAUUGGGGGCUGGGGGCGAAGAACGCAAGCCUCUACGCGAACGAGACCCUCACGUCUUUCUUCCGACGACUCACGUUUACUCCUGACGGAAGCCUUCUGCUCACGCCAUCCGGGCAGUACCAGACACAGCACCAGACGGACAAGGACGCAAAGCCAACCUAUGAAAUCAUCAAUACAGUCUACAUCUACACUCGAGGUGGCAUCAACAAGCCUCCGAUCGCUCACUUGCCAGGCCAUAAAAAGCCAUCCGUUGUUGUCAAGUGCUCUCCAAUCUUCUACACCCUCCGCCAGUCCCCGCCGGUGACCAAGCAUGUCACCAUUGACACCUCUUCCGCAGAAGAUACCAUUCCUUCCCUCCCGGACCCGGUUUCCAAGCCAUCAACAACGCCAUCUGUCAUGGAGCCUCCCCCGCUACCCACAGCCACUUCGAAUAGCACUGCUACUACUGCUGCCGCCGCCGAAGGGACUGCUCCUUCAAAGGGGACAGCAGCCGAGACCAGCGCCUCAACGCCAGGACCCAAACCCGCCUUUGCGCUUCCGUAUCGGAUGGUGUACGCAGUUGCCACCCAGGAUUCCGUCCUGCUAUAUGAUACUCAGCAAAAGACUCCGAUAUGCAUAGUUAGCAACUUGCACUGCGCGACCUUUACCGAUCUGGCUUGGUCAACUGACGGACUCACCCUCAUUAUCUCGUCGUCGGACGGGUUCUGCUCCACGCUUACCUUUGCGCCUGGCGAGCUCGGCGAGGUUUACAAGGGCGAGGUUGGCGCAAAGGCAGUCUCGGCCAGCCAAAAUGCAUCCACCCCGACUCCCACGGCCAACUUUGCCUCUCCUUCCCCUCUCCCCAGCGGGCCGCAGCAUCAGCCGCGCAGCUCGGCAAAUUCGUUCACGGCGCCCUCUCCGCCAUCUGCAUCGGCGGCUCCAUCCCAUCGCCCAUCCUCGCCGGCAAGGUCCAACUCCACGUCGUCUGUGGCCACACAGCCUUCUGGUGUUGUGAGCAAUCCGCCGCUCAUUAGUGGGAGUGUGCCGUCCAUCACGGCCGCCAGCUCCGGCAGGGUGACGGGCGUGCCGUUGACCACGCCUCCGGAGACCCCCAAAGUGAUCCCCGGACCCGAACCCGUGGGAGCUGCCACUACUGCUACUGCCGGCGUGAAAAGAGACGCCGACGAAGCAGAGAAGGACGAUGGCAAGGAACCCAAGAAGAGGAGGAUCGCUCCAACUCUGAUCUCCAAAUCGUGAUGUCCCUUUCCCUUCCUCCUGCUUGUCUUUUUUUUGGAGCGAGUUAUUGUUAUUCUACGCGAUGCCUCGUCGCCUUCCGGCGGAGCUAGGCAUUCGACGUCGACGAGAUGAGCAACGUGGUCAACCAAUGAUAUAUAUAGAGGGAUGAUGGUAGGUGCCGACUUAUCACUGGCAUAGACUGGCGUUUUGCGAUUUGGCGUUGUCUGUUUUGUUGGUUCCAUGGCAGCAGCUGAGUCCUGCACGAGGUUGCGUUACAUUCCAUUGUUUGUGACUAGGAUGCCAGUUGCUGGAUAUGGGCGAUUUGCCCAGUCAUUUAAGAGGGAGUAGGCAGAAUCGAUAUGGGCAAAAAAAUGCAGCAGCACGGUAGUUUAUUACCCAAGUAGUUAAUCUUAGAGAAGCAAAAUC